AUGCUUUCUAAUUUCUUUUGUUUGCCUAACAUCGUGGUAGUAGAGGGCAAUCCUGUAGGGUUUAACAAGGAAACAAAUUCAUCAUCAUAUUCCUUACAACCAUGCCCUCAUGAAGACACUCCUCUUAUUAUUGAAGCAUCCUCUAUCUCCUCUAAUUUGAAGACCUUCGUGAACAUCUUCAUCUAUAUCAUCAAUGCUAGCAUCCUAAGUCUCCCUUAUUACUUCAAGAGAACUGGCUAGAUCAUAAGCCUACUCAUGCUCUUCACCAUUACCAUUCUCACCAACUACUACAUGAUGCUUUUAGUCUACACUCGUCGUGAACUCGAUUCCUAUGGGUUCUUUAACAUCAAUUCCUUUAGUGAUAUGUUCGCUAUUUAUGGGCUUAUAGGGAGAUUCUCCAUCGACGCCAUGAUCUUCCUUUCUCAAGAUGGGUUUUGGGUGAGCUACCUCAUUUUUAUAACCAAUACAUCAGUUUAUCUUGUUGGCCAUGCAGCCUUAACCUAUUUUGGAUUUCACACCAAGGGUUUCUUUCUAUAGGGUUGUUUUCCUUUUCAAAUGGGGUUGAAUUUGAUUCUAACUUUAACCCAUUUGGCUCCUCUGAGCAUUUUUAUUGACACAAUUGAUAUUGCUGCCAAGAGUGUGGUAAUGGUGGAAGAUGUGCUCACCUUUAUGAAUAAUAGACCUACUUUUGAGGCUUUUGAAGACUUCUCCUUACUAUUAUAUGGUCUAGGCGUGGCUAUCUAUACAUUUAAAGGAAUAGGAAUGGUUUUGCUAUUGGAAUCAAAGGCUAAAGAAGAGAAAUUUGGGAGUGUUUUAGGCUUGGGCAUGAUAAUCAUUUCUCUAUUGUUUAGAGCGUUUAGAGUUUUAGGUUACUUUGCUUUUGGGAAAACAAAAGAUAUUGUCACGAUGAAUCAAGGAAAAGGUUUAGUAAGCACUUUGGUGCUGUUGGGUUUGUGUAUAAACCUAUUCAUCAUGUUUCCAUUGAUGAUGAAUCCAGUUCAUGAAAUGAUAGAUAGAAGCUUCUGUCAAAAAAGGUUUUGUUUAAUUAUGAGGUGGAUGAGGCGGUUGGGGGUAAGCUUGGUAGCCCUGACGGUGCCCAGUUUUGCAGAUUUUCUGUCUCUGGUAGGAAGCAGCGUUUGUGUCGUCCUAAGCUUCGUGUUUCCCGCCCUGUUUCACUGCCCGGCGUUCAAGGAAGAGCUGGUUUGGGGUUGUAUAGUUCUAGACGAAGCAAUCGUGGUUCUUGGUUUCGCAGUGGCCAUCACCGGAACCUGUUCAUUGUUAAGGGAGAUUCUUGCCCCCAAGGCCUGCACUUGAU